UGGCUCAGGCUCAGGUCAAGCUUUGGCUCAACUUCAGGCCUCGCAGUAUCGGUUACGAGGCGUGAUGCGGCGGCCGUUGCUCGAAACCGCCGCGUUGCCUCCCCAAAGCCGUUAUGACAUUCCUGGCGUCAAUCUUGUAUGCGGCUUGUUAGCACUUAGGACGAGGACGCACGAUCCUGCAUUUCAGUCUUCACCUUUCAGCCGGCGCGCUUGGCUCUGCAACAUCGUUGCAUGUUUUUAUUUGUGUAUGGUACCAAUUGAUGUGGCAGAUAGCUUGCAGUCUUGCAUGUUAGACUUUGUUUAUUCCAUGAUUUGUAUAGCGACCAAAUUGGUGGUCCCCCCGCAGUCAUGGUGGACGGAUGCCGUGACUGUGGCGGCAGGGUUUGUACUGACUUGUUUUUUUCUCAAGGUUCACGACGCAAAUUGGCAGACUAUGUUUCUAUAUAUCCAGAUCGGUCAGUCGCUCAUCUUGCUUCUGGCUGGCGUUCAUUUGGAGUUUUGUCUUUCAGGUAAUCUCGCUGCAUGUUUGGUCGCCGUCGUGUUCAUCGGGUCGAAUCCCUUCGUGACUGCCUGUUAUUGCAUGAUAUUGUGCAUUGUUUCGAUUGUAUGGUUCGUGAUCAUGUCGUGGGGUGCUCUGUAUGUGUAUUCAUUGCGAGCAGAUCUGGAGCGGCUAAUCGAAAAUUCUUAUGGAACUGCUACAUUGGAGCUCCCACGCGGGAUUAUAAUUUCAGCGUGCCCUCGAUUUCACCAGAUGGUCGCGGUCGAAUGUGUGAUAGGUCAACAAUUUCGGAGUUCUCUAAUUCUUGAUGAUCGCGCAAGGUUUGAUGAUAUGUUGUCAUCUGCAACCGACGGCGUUUUCAAAUCUAUAUUGGCCACCAUUCAACAUCCUAAUGGCCGUUCCUUGGAUGCGGUGCUAGUUCCUUACAGCGGGAUCUCCAACACAGUGAAGGUGUGUGUUCAAUCCCAAGGCGAAGUUCGCCACGCGGACAUCGAGGAAUCGAGAAGCCCGACAGGAAUCCCGCGUGAAACCAUGGAGCCCUCAGUAGGGUCGGCGGAUUUUGCCACAGGGGUGUCAUCCUUGAACUACGAAUGGCAAUGCCAACAGUGCCUCGCGUUCGCUCGUGACUGGGGGAACAUCACAACAUAUUCCUCUGACGGCAUCUCAUUGCAUAGUGUGCCUCCAGCAGCGCCGCGAUCUAACGCAGAUCCUGGGCCAGGCUUGCCGCUGCGCAGGGCGCUGCUGCGUAAUGGUCAGCACGAGUUGUUUCUCGCGGAAAUCCAGAGGUGGCGUCCACUAUUGUACCACGAGGUUACAUCCACGCUGCAGCAGUGGGAUCAUACUGCAACCCAGCUUGCGCCACAAUUACGGCAAUUGGCAGAGCAGAGGCGCCGUGCGGAAUUUGACGAGGCGAGCGCAUUUAUCGUAGAUUUGCAACUUGUGGCUUUGCGUGCGUCGUCACAGUUCGGAACCAGGGGUUUGGGUAUUGCGACGUGUUGGCCAAUUGUGAUAAGUUUUGUCCUUGGUAUUGAUCCUCUUAACCAUAUCGUGACUGUUUGGCCUCUAUUGCGGCUCAUUUCUCCGCCGCUGCCAGAUCUCGAAAGCCACCGCGAGUGGACCGCGCGCGUGUGGACUAUGAUGGCGCGCCGCGUGCCGUGGGUGCCUCCAGACGCCGGGUACUAGCGCAGUCAGAUCCAUCGAGGAGGAGGGGGAGGCGACCCGCGGCAAGUUCUGCCGCCGUGCCAGCUCAACAUAGUCGAGACGAAUCUUUUGCCCCAUACCAUCAUCUGCAGAGCUGGGAUCAGCGCCUGCGAGAAAGGUCUGCGGACGGCAGCAGGCCCAGUCGCUGCUCAGCGGCAUGGUCAAGACGAGGCUGGAGCCUUCUGUCAUUGCGGCCCCAAUGGCCGCGCCCGCAUGUCUUCUCCCGCUUUUCCCGGUGCCUGUCAGCCGCAAGGGGUUACAGCAGCAUCUAAUCAGUCUCGUCUGACCUACGCGCCCCUUGCGGGGGCGGCCCCAGCGGCAGCGCCCGCAUGGCGGCCCCGCACAAUUUCGGCGCUCCCUUCACGCGUUGCGUGGCCCCGUAGGGAGCUCCACCGAAGGCGGUUCUCACGAAGGCGAUACUCACAACCGCAUACGGUGGGGUCUUUUGCCAGGAUGAUUAUUCCUCGUCCAAAAUCCGCCUGUAAGAGGACAUGCCCGACCUAAGUUUCGGCCAGUCCCGCGGAAUAUGCACCUGCUCAGGACGGCUGGCUCGAUCACGAGCGGGACGGGCGCGUGUGUUGUUUCGCCCAGCGAACAACAGCUUACCAUCUGACGGAAGC